AUGGCAAUAGCAAUGGCGGCUAAGAUUGCUCGAUCGCUUGUAGCCGUCCGAUCAUCAUCUUCCAUGCACUCAACCGGAUUCGCUCGCUCCUCCAUAUCAUCUCUCUCCGACUCUCUCGGCGCCGUUAAUCUGAAUAGUGCAACCGGUUCGUAUUCACCGAUCAACCUCCGAUUCUAUAGCACCGUUGUGAAUAUCCAAAGAAUGAAAUUCCCUAAAUACCGAAAAGGAAGAAUCGAAGGAAUUCGUGAUGGAGGUAACGAGAUCUGUUUCGGUAAAUACGCACUUCAGGCGCUUGAAUGUGCACGGAUCACAGCUAAACAGCUGGAAGCUGGUCGAAGAGCGCUGCAGUUGAAUAAGUACGAAUGGGUAGAGGGAAAGGAUCUAUUUCACAUUGGGUAG